AUGGCAGUUUGCAUCACCUUGCCCACAGGGUGCGUGAUGAUGCAGGAGCAGACCUAUGCCCACUUGCAUGGCCUGGUCCUCAACAUGUCAGGAAGUCCGCAGCCCAGGUGCUCCACGCUGCACCGAGGCCUCCUCCCCGCUCUACAGCUCCAGGCGGCCGUCAGAGCCAAGACGGUUGCAUCCCUCAGCACCGAAGAUGGUUGCGUCCCUCAGCACCCACACAUGAGACGUCCUGCUGACCGCAGGACAGCAGGCGGGCCGCUAGGAGGCCGGGACGCCCACAAGGCCGACGCCAUGGUGGGUGUGCGCCCAUGGAGACCGUCCAGAGCUAUCGCGAGAGCAGCCAGGGGCUUCGAGAACACACCUCUGCAAGAGAUCAAACCCCAGUACAGGGCCUGGAGGCGCAGCAACACUGAACACGUGGACGAACACGUGAAUGAACACGUGGACAGCUGCUCGCAGGUCGUGAGGGGUGAGGAGCUCAAGGCAAUCUACAAUGGCACCACCCCUCGCCCCAGCCUACCUGGACGUGGCCCUCGUGUUCAUCAGCCACGAUGA